CUAUCUAUCUUCAACUCGCAUCGCACUCAGCUCUGUCAGUACUGGGAUCCAGGCGCUAUCAUGGCGCAGCGCGUGGCACGUCUGCGUCCUAAGCGAACCGUUCUUACCCUACGCCCGUAUUGGGCUCUGAUUCUCGUCUAUGCCUGGAUGGCACUGUCAACGGAACCGGCUCUUUGUGACAGUGGCGGAUUUUUGAAACGCAGCAGCGGUGGAGACCGCGCGCUUGACAGCAGCGCGGCGGACGACGUCGGCGGCGGGGAUGGAAUGCCACAUCUGCCGGGAUUCACCCAUCAGGACGCUGACCCGGGUGAAGCGCUCCCCCGGCGACUCAGAAGAGCGGCGGCCCGGGAUAAAGUCUCAUUGCUCAGCAGCUCGUUCGUGCUCAAGGGAGAUGCCACUCACAACCAGGCAAUGGUACACUGGACAGGCGAGAACAGCAGCGUCAUCCUCAUCCUCACCAAGUACUACCACGCCGACUCCACCAAGGUGCUGGAGAGCUCCCUCUGGAGGUCCAGUGAUCAUGGCACCACCUACACCAAGUUGAAUCUGAUGGCAGGAACAACCAUCAUUGUCACCAACUUCUAUAUCUGUCCCAGCAACAAGAAAAAGGUGAUCCUGGUGAGCCACAACAUCAACGAGGCUGAGCACAUGCUGUUCAUCAGCACGGAUGAGGGCGCCUCCUUCCAGUGGCAGCCUCUGAGUUUCCGCGUGGACACGCUGCUCUUCCACCCCAAGGAGGAGGACAAGCUGCUGGCCUACAGCAAAGACGCCAGGCUGUACGUUUCCAGUGAUUUGGGACGCAAAUGGACGCUCCUGCAGGAGCGUGUCACCAAGGAGCGCGUGUUCUGGUCUGUCCCCGAGGUGGACGUGGAUCCUGACCUGGUUCACAUGGAGAUGCAAGACACGAGUGGAGGUUUCCUCUAUGUGACGUGUCUGAUCCAGAAUUGUUCAGAUAAGAUGGUGACCGCUCAGUUCCUGGGGAAGAUCGAUCGCGACUCCCUGACAGUGCAGGACGAGUACAUUUUUGUGAAGGUAACCACAGGGAACCGGACCAAGCACUAUGUCUCCUUCAAGAGGAACGAGUUUGUCCAGAUGAGGUUCCCCAAGUACACCCUGCCCAAGGAUGUGCAGAUCGUGAGCACAGAUGAGAACCAGGUCUUCCUGGCGCUGCAGGAGUGGUACCAGACGGACACGUACAACCUGUACCAGUCGGACCCGCAGGGCGUCUACUACUCCAUCGUGCUGGAGAACGUGCGCAGCACCAAGCAACCCGAGGAGAGUGUGCUCAUCGACAUCCUGGAGGUGCGAGGAAUCAAAGGUGUCUUCCUGGCCAAUCAGAAAGUGGACGGCAAGGUGACCACCCUCAUCACCUACAACAAGGGGCGAGACUGGGAGCCUCUAGCCCCGCCCUCUAUCGACAUGAACGGCAAACCGGUUACAUGCAAGGCGCCUGACUGUCAACUCCACCUACAUCUCCGCUGGGCGGACAAUCCCUACGUUUCUGGUACGGUCCACACCAAAGACUCGGCCCCUGGACUCAUCAUGGGCGCAGGUAACAUCGGGUCACAGCUAGUGGAGUAUAAAGAAGAGAUGUACAUCACCUCUGACUGUGGCAAGACUUGGAGACAGGUGUUCGAGGAGGAGCAUCACAUCCUCUACCUUGAUCAUGGCGGAGUCAUUGUAGCCAUCAAGGACACCUCCAUCCCACUCAAAAUCCUCAAGUUCAGCAUUGACGAGGGACACACGUGGAGUGUCCACAAUUUCACCAGCACGUCGGUGUUUGUGGACGGUCUCCUCAGUGAACCGGGAGACGAGACUCUGGUCAUGACGGUGUUUGGCCAUAUCAGCUACCGGUCCGACUGGGAGCUGGUGAAGGUGGAUUUCCGUCAGUCCUUCCCCAGUCAGUGCACAGAGGCUGACUACGACUCCUGGAAACUCACAGACCAGCAGGGAGAGAAAUGCAUCAUGGGCCAGGAGAGGACCUUCAGGAAGAGGAAAGACACUUCCUUCUGCAUUAAGGGCAAAAGCUACACCUCCUCACUUACCUCCAAGCCCUGCCAGUGCACGGAGAAGGACUUUAACUGUGACUAUGGGUUUGAGCGAGCCCAGAGCCUGAAGGCAGAGGGAGACCGCUGCUUCGCUGACUUUUGGCACGACCCUGAUGCUCCGCCUGAAGACUGUCACAUAGGACACACCUACGAGUCUAGCACAGGGUACCGUAAGGUGAUCUCCAACAUGUGUGAGGGGGGCGUGAAUAAACAGCAGAGCGCUAAGCAACACACCUGUCCUCUGCUGUCGCCGGCUCAACUGCAGCUCGGCAUCAAGGGACAGAUGCUAGCCGUGGCGCCCGGUGAUGACAUCACCUUCAUCGUCCAUCAGGAGCAGGGUGACACCAGCAGCACCAAGUACCAGGUGGACCUGGGGGACGGCGUGCGGGCCAUCUACCAGAACCUGACCGUCACGGACGAGCCCAUCCAGCACCGCUACGAGAGCCUGGGCGUCUACCGGGUCACCGUGAGGGCCGAGAACAACGCCGGCCACGACCACGCCACCCUCUACAUCCAGGUCACAGCUCCUUUACAGGAAGUGCACCUGGAAGUAGUUCCUAUUGCUGGUACGAACCAGGAAGUGAACCUGACAGCCACAGUGCUUCCCUCUGAGGCCAACUUGACUGUCUUCUACUGGUGGAUUGGUGAUGACUUACAGCCCAAACUCACCCUGGAGAGGAGUCUGAUCACACGGUUCACUGAAUCCGGUGAGGUCUCUGUCACUGUCCAGGCCUCCAAUAGCCGCUCCAUGGUGCAGGACAGCAAGACAGUCCGAGUGUUUGACCACUUCCAGGUGAUUCCGCUGAGCUUCAGCAGGAACCUUGACCACUUCAACCCCAACAUCCCCGAGUGGAGGGAGGACAUUGGCCAGGUGGUCACCAAGAUCCUGGCCAAGAUCACUGGGAUUCCACAAGACUCUCUGGUUACCAUGGUGAAACCUGGCCUUCCAACCACAGCAGACCUCUAUGUGCUUCCUCCAGAGAGUACGACUGCCAAGAGGAGUGUGUAUGUGGAUAAGCGGAUCUCCACCGUAAAGCAGGCUCUGAACGAGAACAACGUCAGCUUCAUCGUGCGGGGAGGCCUUCAGGUGCUGGUAUCCCUAGCUGACCCUAAUGCAGGAAUAUCUUUCAAGGGAGUGGUUGCUAAUGCUUCAACCACGACAGGCGCAGAUAUUGGUUCGCGCUCCGGGGCAGCCAGUCCAGGUGUGUGGGCUCUGUCCGUCCUUCUGCUAAUCAGCCUGAUGGCCAGUGGGGCCUUUAUGCUCUACAAGUUUAAAAGGAAAGACUACAAGUCCCAUGACCCCUUGCUGAGGACAGAGGAGCGCAGCCUAAUACAUCCCUGGCUGCAUUUCAGAAAGCUACCCGGCAGGAAUGUCUACGCUCAGAUGCACAACGAGAAGGAACAGGAGAUGACCAGUCCGGUCAGUCACAGCGAGGACACGCAGAACAUCAUACAAGGCGAGGAGUUCAUCGACGAUGACCUGGACUCACAGACACUGGGCAACCAUUCAGGCGUGGUCCUUAGCAUCAACUCCAGAGAGCUGCACAGCUAUCUGACCAGCUGAUGGGAACCAACUGGGGAACACUGAGGACUCUGUCGUCUUUUCCUGAAAUCUAAUUGGUUCACCCCCCACCACCACCUCCCGCACUCCCCCCACUGUUAUGAAGGGGUAAGGGGCAGGGGAGGAGCCUGCCCGAACCACAUCCCAUCCGACCUUUGAACCCAGAGCCUCUCCCUCCCUCUUUUUCUCUGUCUGUCUCUCUCUCAUUCGCUCUCUACUCUCUCUCCCAUCAUCUCUUUUUCCUCUCUUCCAGUCCUAUGCUUUGUAUUCCUUCUCUUUUGUGGGAUCAGAGGUGAUCUU